AGCCUCUGUUUAACAUCAAUUCUCUUAUUUGAUGUGUUUGUGUGACACAGACAACAUUGCAGUAAUUUCCUAUUGGAUGAGAGAGAUUUUCUAUAUUUCUUUCAAUAUUGAAAGUGAGGCUGAUAGCUUUUUUCUUUGUUCAUCAUACACACAAUUGUGUGUGUGUGUGUGGAGGACAUAGAGUUGUAACUAGCACACACCAGCAUCUGGCUAACAUCUCACCUCCCACUACAUACAGCAACUGUCACACUAUUAUAUCAGCAGUUACACAGGAACAGCAGCAGCAGCUGCAGUAACACAGGAACACUACUACAACAGCAGCAGUACCACUAUAAUACCACUACAGCAGCAGCAGUUGGAGUGGAACACUACAGCAGGAUACACAUCAUCCAUCACACACAACUACAGUGAAGGAUUAAACAAUGCAGAAAUAUUCAAUAAUAAUGAAGAAUGAAGAGUUGCAAUCAUGAAUGAAAACGUUUUUUACUUGGUGUGUUUGCUAUAUAUAAAACAGUCUGUUGUAAUGUCUGUAGACAUCACCUACCACGUCAAGGAAGAAGACAGACCUCACACCUAUAUAGGAGACAUUGCUGUUGACUCCAACUUAUCACACCCUCUCAAACAUGAGCAACGCGCUCUCAUUACACUUACACAACUACAAAGGACAGUCGAGAGUGGUUCUCACUUAUUUAAUGUCACCAACUCAGGAAAACUAUACACUACUCAAACACUGGAUGCUGAGUCUCUGUGUACAUACAACAAGGAAUGUUCCAGAAUAGUUAAAGUAGCAGUGAGGAAAGGAAAAACUUUCAUGAAGAUUUUGAAGGUGAAAAUAAUAAUAGAAGACAUCAAUGACUAUUCUCCAGAAUUUACGGAUGAUGAAAUAGGUAUCAAGUUUGCAGAAGAUAGUCUGAAAGGAAAUCAGAAAAAAAUUCCAUAUGCUAUAGACAGAGAUAUUACCAUCAUGAAUUCCCAAAUUUCAUAUAACAUAAAAUAUCAUAAAAGAGAACCAUUUUCUUUGUAUAUGGCAAAAGAUAAUGAUGGUGUUUUUACACCUGAACUGACUUUAGAAGACAAAUUAGACAGGGAAGUAAAAGAUUUGUAUAUAUUGACCUUAGAGGCUAAAGAUGGUGGGAACCCUCCCAGAACAGGUACACUCAAGGUACGCAUAUCUGUGACAGAUGUUAAUGAUAACACACCUGUAUUUUCACAGAAACUCUAUAAUAUCUCUAUAAAUAAUUCACAUCAAAGACAUUUACCAAUUCUUACUUUAAAAGCCACAGAUCAAGAUUCUGGAGACAAUGGAAAGAUUUCUUACCAUUUCAACCAUAAAACAUCUCAAAAUAUCCAGAAAUAUUUUGUAUUGGAUAAGAAAACUGGAGAUUUAUUUUUACAUGAUAAUUUUUACUUUAGUAAGAUGCAGUCUUUAUUUAUAGAAGCAAGAGAUGGUGGGAAUCCACCUCUAACGUCGGUAGCCAGAAUUCACAUUUAUGUAAUUAAUAACCAAAACAAUGUUCCGUUGAUAAAUAUAGAUUUUGUGUCUCCUUUAACAGAGAGUUCCACUGCAGUUUCAGAAGACAGUGAAGUAGAUAGUUUUAUAGCUUAUGUUAUGGUCACUGACAAUGAUAGUGGACCUAAUGGUGAGGUUAUCUGUGAUUUAAAACAUGAUAAAUUUAAACUUGCCAAAAUAGAUUCUAAAGAAUAUAAGAUAAUUAUUAAGGGCCAUCUUGACAGAGAAAUAAGGGACCACUAUAAAGUAUCUAUUGUGUGUCAUGACAUGGGGUCACCUCAACUAGAAAGUAAAAAAUAUUUCUCUGUCAAAGUAACUGAUGUCAAUGAUGUAGAACCACAUUUUACCAAAGAGACAUUCCAAUUCCUCACCUAUGAAAACCAGAAAGUUGACUUCCCUAUUGGCUUCAUCAAUGCUACAGACCCUGAUCUUGGAGAUGGAGGCCAACUUACAUAUUCUAUCAUCAAUGAUAACAACAAUGAUAACAUUCCUUUCCAACUGACAAAAUAUGGAUUUAUUUCUACAUCACAACCAAUAGAUCGAGAAAUGAAAGACAUCUAUAAGUUCAAGGUUUUAGUGAAAGAUAAUGGAACACCUUCUCUCAAUGACACUGCCAAUAUUGUUAUUGAGAUUCUAGAUAAAAAUGAUAAUGCUCCGUAUUUUACGUUUCCUAAUAAUGACCCAUACAAUCUCGAUGUCCACUACCAUCCACACAGUAAGAAGGACAUCACAAUUCUGAGAGCAUCUGACAAAGACACUGGAAACAAUGCUUUCCUCACAUAUGGAAUACUGAGAUCCAAUGAUAAAAACCUGUUUACAGUGAACUCACACACUGGUGUGUUAUCUUUCUCUCGCACAGUUUACCAAAAUGAUGCAGGAACAUAUGAGCUGCAGUUUAUAGUGAAAGACGGUGGUACUCCAGUUCAAUCAGCAACAACUGCUAUAAUACUAACACUGUUUGUUAGUAAUGAUACAUCUCCAAUGUUGACUGCUGUGCCAUUCCAGUCUGGUCACGACCUGAAUAUGACUUGGGUAAUUAUCAUUGUAGCAGCAGCUGUAAUACUAUCUGUGGCUAUUGUAGUGUCCAUAACACUGUGUGUUUUCAGAUGUAUUAAUCACACAAAUAACUCACCCACAACAGCAGAGAAUCCCAACUUUCUCUCUCAGACUGAGAUGAGACAAUUACUGUAUCAGACCAACAAUCCUGUUGCAAUAACGAGAAAUGCAGAAGAGAUAUUUAACCGAAAUCUUCAGACAAUAAAAUCUAAAAGUCAGUUUUUUCUGGAGAUGGAACAGACACCAGAUGAAUGGAAAUUCUCAACAACACAAAGGAGACUUCCACCUGUGCCUCAGAGAUGUGAUUCAAUCCAUAGUCAAGGACGUCGUACCAGUUCCAUCAUGUCUUACAACAGUGACACCUUAACAUCCCAAAAGGACAGAGAAGCUAGCAAGAGUAAUGGCAAGACUAAACCAUAUGAUGAGAUACCUGCAGAACCAGAAUAUACCAAUGACAAUCCAGUGGCAGCCACAAUACUAAAGGGACAACAAAUACAAGAUACCUAUCUACAGCCAACAUAGUAGAUGUUCCAUGACUAUUGUUAAAUGAUUCUCUCACACACCCAAUAUUUUACAUUGAUUUAAAGCAUUAAUAUGAUAUU